GCUUAUGUCAUAUUCAAAUUCUGCUUUUCGGCACAACUGCUAUCCAAUGGUAGGUAGAGCACCUUUUAAACGCUUUUACAUGAUGGCAGAGGUAAAAUAAUUGAACCUAACCCGACCUUCACCGUGUGACUCGGGAACCCCACGCCAGUACACGGCCACGGAUGUCGACCAGCAACUUUGACGUGAAGCUAUGGGCACCCUUGGCCCGAAGGCGUAGGGGUCGCGUGCACUAUUGGCGGCCAGAAUUUCCACGAUUCUAGCACGCCUAAAGCGUGUCCGGGUCAACAAGAAGGCAAACAGCAAUCGAAUAUGUAGAUGAUAUCGAUUGCAGCGUCGCCGUCUAGUCCGCCGCUUCCCUUGCCCGCACUAUGUCCAGUGUAAUGGAUAAUCAAAUGGUGCGUCUUGCAUCGGAUGGCCAGUCGCACGGUUCAUCAAUCUUAGCUCUCGCGGUAUUACCAGGGGCGGGGUUGGCUUCAUUCGGGGUAGGAGAUUACGUUUUGGAGGAGCUGAGUCCACAAAUUUGCUCGAGCACGAUGAGGCCGAAAUUGGAACGUGUGCCAUCGUUCACCCAGUGGAAGCGGUGGCUUUGAAGUGUUGAUAAAGGACAUGGAGUGUCUGUCAACUGUGGACUGUAUGGAGCAUGGUGGUAACUGCUCAUUGGGCUCUAGGCAUAGUUGUAACAGCCAAGGUUGCCUUGAUGAGGUGGGAGUAUACAGAUGACUACCUCUAUUAGAAGACAAAGAUGGAGAGCAACAAGAGAGUUGAAGAGUAUGAUGUGCAUAUCUAUCGAUAUUCGCCACUCCGUACAGG